UUUAUGACUUUUUUCAUGUUAACUGGCAUGCUUCCCACUUCAAUGCGGUGGAGGUGCAGGUGCAUAGAUGCUGUCUAAUCUGCUCUGUUGUAGUAGAUGGGGUGAUCAAUGGAUUCUACAUGAUUUAAACCACUAGAGGUGAUUCAAAAUAUUAUAGAUAGAUAGACAGACAGAUAUAGAGAGAAUAAUGAUCCCAUUAAAGCGCAGGAAAAUAUCUCAAACUGAAAGUCAUCAGAAUGAAAGCUGUAAGUUUCCCCGUGUGCCUAUUUUCAUCCUGGAGAGGAAGAUGGGGGCAUCUAGAAGAGCAUUCCUUACACGACUAGCACGAAGCAAAGGGUUUCUUAUCAAGGAAGCAUACAGUUCUGCUGUCACACACGUUGUAUCAGAAAACAACAGCAGAGAUGAAGUCCAGGCGUGGCUGGAAAACCAAACAGGAGCAGACACAUCCACUUCAGUCCAUCUGUUGGACGUCAGCUGGUUUACAGAGAGCAUGGAGGCGGGACGUCCUGUUACAGUUCAGGACAAACACAGAUUGAAGGUUAACACAAAACAUAAUGGGGUUGAUAAUGUCAUUCUGAUGAAAAGUUAUGCUUGCCAAAGAAGAACACCCUUGAAGCACCACAAUUUAUUCCUGACAGAAGCUCUCGAGCUCCUGGCUCAGAAUGCAGAAUUUAGUGUGAAUGAAGGACGGAGUGUGGCGUUCAGACGGGCAGCGUCGGUGCUAAAGGCACUUCCGCAUCGGGUGCAUAGCAUGGAUGAGCUAAAGAGUUUGCCUUGCCUGGGCGAGCACUCACAGAGGGUUAUAAAGGAGAUUUUAGAAGAUGGAACAUCAAGGGAAGUGGAGUCAACAAGACAGUCUGAGCAAUUUCAGACCAUGAAGGUAUUGACUGGUAUUUUUGGGGUGGGUGUGAGAACGGCAGAUCGCUGGUUUAGGGAGGGUCUGCGAUCUCCAACGGACUUGAUCCGGAUGGGUCAACCGCUGAACCGUGAACAGCAAGCAGGAGUAAAGCAUUACGAUGAUCUCCAGAAACCUGUCACUAAAGCAGAGGCGGAUGUCAUCAGUGAUAUUGUACAGGAAGCUGUGUGUGCUGUGCUGCCCGGAGCAGAGGUCCAGCUGAUGGGGGGAUUCAGGAGGGGGAAAGAAGUCGGUCAUGAUGUGGACUUUCUCAUAACACAUCCAGAAGAGGGCAAAGAGGAAGGACUGAUGGCCAAAAUUAUUAAGUGGCUUGAGGAGAGGGGUUUACUGCUAUAUCAGAAGACAACCAGAAACUCUUAUUUGGAGAAAAUGGACGGUCCAGCUCGGCCACCUAAUAAUAUAGAUCGCUUUGAGAGGUGCUUCUCCAUAUUUAAGCUUCAGAUAUCUGAUAGAAGCACAGGAAGUGAUGCUGAAAGAUCAGUCAGCCAAUCAGAGACCUCGAGCUGGCGAGCUGUACGCGUAGAUCUUGUGGUCAGUCCCUACUGUCAGUUUGCCUUUGCUACUCUUGGCUGGACAGGGUCAAAGCUGUUUGAGCGGGAGUUGAGAAGGUGGGCGGGGCAAGAGAAGCACAUGUCCUUGAGUAGCCACGCCCUGUACGACCGCAAUCAGAAUCAUUAUCUCAGAGCUCAGACAGAGGAGGAGAUUUUUGCCUACCUGGGACUGGAGUUUAUUCCUCCGUCUGAGAGGAAUGCCUGAAUCUGUCCAUCUCCGAUUCUCACCACAGAUGUGUUUGUGUGUGCUUUGACCACAGAGACUUACAUUUCCAUUACUGCAAUAUGUUAUUUAUUAGCUCUCCAACCAGUUGUGAUCACGUAGAAAGGAAUGGACUGUAAAUGUUUUGCAAAGAUCAGAUAUCCAGACACUGUUUUAAUCGGUACACAAUUGAACAGUUUCAGUACUCUAUACGAGAUCCAUACGUACAUUAUUAGGUUUUAACAUUUGAUACUUGUAAAUACAUUGGGGGGGUUCUUCAUAAAAGACAUUAUUUGUCUCAUUGAAACUUUUAUACUUUAUAAGGAUUGUUUUUAUUGAAACUCAAAAUGUGUCUUCAUUUUUUUCCCAUAUAGGCACUGUUGUAAUUUGACAAUUCUUUUCUUUAAAUAUAUGGCAUGCUUUGGGCGCUUUUUGCUCAUUAACUUAAUGUAGAGAUCAUGUCAAGCCCAUGUGUCGUGAGCACAUGCACCAUCCACUGUGCUACUCUUCUUAUACAGCAUGUCAAAUAUACUGUAUGUCAUAUUCUCCCAAUUGUUUUCACACUUUCUUGGCUGUGCGAUACACUUAAAUCUGACACACACACAUAUGUCUUAGAGGACUUACAGGUUUGUCAGAGAGAGAGAGAGAAAGAGUAUUUCCUGAAUGUUUAUAUGAUGUUAAGAAAUCUGCAGGAUGCAUUUGUGGUGACAUGAUGUGUCCUUCCUGUAUUUGCACCUGGAUCAUUUUGACCCGAUUUCCCCAGCUGCUUACAUACAGAUUGCAUAUAUUUGAGACGCCCCCAUCCUCCUUAUUGUAAACAGAUGUCUCUGAAGUAUGAAUUCACCUCUUCUCUCAGUGUGAGUGGCAGCACUGUUUAUUUAGUCCUUACAAUAGCAACAACCGUGUCUUGAUAGAAUGAAUCCAUGUGUCAGAAGGUAACGGAAAAUACACCUAAUAAGAAACAGGGUUACCAUGCAACCUGGAAAACCUGGACAUUUUUAAUGCAGAUUUCCAGUCACGGAAAAGUACAAAGAAAUUUGCUAAAUGUAUUUGUCCUGGAAAAUAUUUCAGUGAACAAAUCCCUGUCACACACUUUCUCUGCUGCCAUCUCUGC